AGCUACUGAGAAUUAGAAGCAGAAACCAUGGCGGACGAAACACUGGCAGCUCUUAGAUCAUUGAUGGCCUCUCACUCUCCUCCACUCCACGCCUUGAUUGUUCCUUCUCAAGACUAUCAUCAGAGCGAGUAUGUAUCAGCUCGGGACAAAAGGCGUGAGUUUGUUUCUGGAUUCACGGGAAGCGCUGGUUUGGCACUUAUAACAAUGAAUGAAGCACUUCUAUGGACGGAUGGAAGGUAUUUUUUGCAGGCACUUCAACAACUAAAUGAUCAAUGGACGCUCAUGCGAAUGGGAGAAGAUCCAAGUGUUGAUACAUGGAUGGCAAAUAAUCUACCUAAGGAGGCAGCUAUAGGAGUUGAUACAUGGUGUGUAUCGGUGGAAACUGCACGUCAAUGGGAAUGUGCCUUUGCGAAGAAAAAACAAAAAUUGAUUCAAACAACAAGAAACUUGGUGGAUGAUGUUUGGAAAAGUCGACCUCCUGUAGAAGUAAACCCUAUAUUGAUUCAUUCAUUGGAAUUUUCUGGGCGCUCUGUUUUUGAUAAGUUGAAGGAUUUGAGAGGAAAGCUUAUGCAUGAGAAAGCUCGUGCUAUCAUAAUCACUGGGCUGGAUGAGGUUGCCUGGCUAUAUAAUAUCCGUGGAACUGAUGUUUCAUAUUGUCCUGUUGUUCAUGCAUUUGCAAUAGUGACAUUAGUCUCAGCUUUCCUUUAUGUUGACAGCAGAAAGUUAUCUUCUGAGGUGAGAUCUUAUAUGGUGGAAAACGGGAUUCUGGUACGGGAGUAUGGUGAAGUUGGCAAAGAUAUAACCUUGCUGGCUUCUGAUGAGCUCAUCCAUUCCACUUCAAGAAAUGGAAAUCAAACAAGCUCUUCAUCAAGUGAAGUGACCAAGAGAAAUGAGUCUUCUGGUGAGGGAAACACACUCAUAUGGGUCGAUCCUGGCCAAUGCUGUUUUGCUUUGUACUCCAAACUAAAUGCUGAGGAAGUUUUUCUUCAGCAAUCACCUAUAGCUCUUGCUAAAGCUCUCAAGAAUCCUGUUGAGAUGGAUGGAUUGAAGAAAGCACAUAUUCGAGAUGGAGCAGCUGUAGUACAAUAUCUUGUCUGGCUGGAUAAACAGAUGCAAGAGAUUUAUGGGGCGUCAGGAUUCUUCAUAGAGGCCGAGACCUGCCAGAAGAAAAAACUGUCUUCUAUAAAACUGACUGAAGUGUCUGCCAGUGAUAAGCUGGAGGAAUUCCGUUCCUCAAAAGAGCAUUUUAGAGGCUUGAGUUUUCCUACCAUAUCUUCUGUUGGUUCGAAUGCGGCUAUUAUCCAUUAUUCACCUGUUGCUGAGACAUGUGCUGAACUUGAUCCAGAUUCUAUAUACCUUUUUGAUUCAGGAGCACAGUAUUUGGACGGAACAACUGAUAUCACCCGGACUGUUCACUUUGGAAAACCCACGCCACAUGAGAAAGCUUGCUAUACUGCGGUUCUAAAAGGCCAUAUUGCAUUGGGGGAUGCUUGCUUUCCGAAUGGGACCAAUGGGAAUACACUUGAUAUUCUUGCUAGGACGCCUUUGUGGAAAUAUGGUCUUGAUUACAGACAUGGUACUGGGCAUGGCAUUGGAUCUUUCUUGAAUGUACAUGAACGGCCUCAUCAAAUCAGUUUUAGGCCAGCUGCUACAAUUGUGCCAUUACAAGCUUCAAUGACCGUUACAGAUGAACCUGGGUAUUAUGAGGAUGGAAACUUUGGGGUGAGAUUAGAGAAUGUUCUUAUUAUCAAGGAGGCUGAUACGAAAUUCAACUUCGGGAACAAGGGUUACUUGUCCUUUGAGCAUAUAACAUGGGCACCUUAUCAGAGGAAACUUAUAGAUGUGAGCCUUUUGGUGCCUCAAGAGGUUGAAUGGUUGAACCGGUACCAUUCUAAAUGCAAGGAAAUCUUGGCUCCAUAUAUGAACGAAUAUGAGAUGGCAUGGCUGAGCAAAGCAACUCAACCUAUUGUUGUGUAGGUGCUAUUUGAGUAUGCUGUUUUAUUUUUUAUGCACUCUUAAUGAGCGUUUUGCUAAAUAUAACUAAUCCAAAAACAUAUGCAAAAGCAAUAAGUGGAAUCUAUUUGAUUUUGGCUCGUGAGAUUCGAGCUUCUUAAAAUAAGUACUCCGUGACACGGAGUAAUAAGAAAUUUUUAUUUUAUUU